CCCCGGCUGCGGAGGGCGAGGGCGAGUCUGCCCCGCCGACAGCCCCCCGCGUCACAGCCGGAGCGCGGGGAUAAAAGGGCCGGGAGGCGAGGCGCAGCCGGACUCGUGGGGCGGCGGCGCCCCUGGUUGCUCCCCAGCAGAGGCGGGGGGCGGCCGGCCGGCGAGGGGCGCGUUGCAAAAGCCGCCGCUUCACCUCCCGCCCAGGCAGCCUCUGCGGCCGCCCCGCGGAGCCCCCGCGCCCCUCAGCGGAGCGGCCCCCAAACUUCGCCUGCCCACGUGUUGCUGGCGGAGCCCCGGGGAGCCGAGGCCGGUGCCGCUGGAGGGGCUGCUCCGGGGCUUGCUCGGCCCUGAAGAUCAAAGGAGAUGCUGGGAGCUGCUGCCACUUCGCAGCGCCUGGGCAGGGGCGCGGCAGGCGGGCGGUGACUCCGCAGACCCAGCGGACCCAGCCCAGCUCAGCCUGGCACCGCCGCUCCCCCCCCCCCCCCCCGGCGCCUGCCCCAGCCCCGCCAGCCGACUGAUUUGCCCCCUCUGAGAGAAGCCGCCCACCCUCGCCGCCCAGGAUGCGGUUUCGCCUCUUCUCCUUUGCCUUGCUCGUGCUGAACUGCAUGGAUUACAGCCACGGCCAAGCCAGCCGCUGGAGACGCAGCAAAAGAGCUAGCUAUGGACCAAAUCCAAUUUGCAAAGGUUGUUUGUCUUGCUCAAAGGAUAAUGGGUGCAUCAGAUGCCAGCAUAAAUUGUUUUUCUUUCUUCGACGAGAGGGAAUGAGGCAAUAUGGAGAAUGCUUGCAUUCCUGCCCAUCAGGGUACUACGGACUCAGAGCGCCAGAUAUGAACAGAUGUUCAAGAUGCAGAAUAGAAAACUGCGACUCUUGCUUUAGCAGAGACUUUUGCACCAAAUGCAAAGCUGGCUUUUACUUACACAGAGGCCGUUGUUUUGGAGAAUGCCCGGAUGGAUUUGCAUCCUUAGAGGAAACUAUGGAAUGCGUGGGCUGUGAAGUGGGUCCAUGGAGUGAAUGGGGAACUUGCAGCAGAAAUAACAAAACCUGUGGAUUUAAAUGGGGUCUGGAAACAAGAACAAGGCAAAUUGUGAAAAAGCCGGUAAAGGACACAAUACCUUGCCCAACCAUUGCAGAGUCCAGAAGAUGUAAAAUGGCUGUGAGGCACUGUCCAGGAGGAAGGAGGACAGCAAAAACAAAGGACAAGAGAAAGAAGAAAAAGAAUUUAAUGGAAAGGGCUCAGAAGCAGCACAGCAUCUUCCUAGCUACAGACAGAGCUACCCAGUAAAGACUUUUCUGUUUAUUAUAUAUUUUGCAAAGUGCACAAAAGCUGCUAUAUGCUCCUGCAUAUGGAUGCACUGCAAUUCAGCUGCUUUGACAGUAUUGGUUGCAAAUAACUUGUGAAAAAUGUCCACAGGUUUGUUUGUGUUAUUUAUACUUCUUAUUUUUUGAACCUGAAGACUCCGAGGGCUGGAGCGCACUGAGUUGAAUCAGUGGAAUUGGUGCCGAAAUGUGUCAAAGACUUUGCAUUCAGUGCCUGGGAAAUGGAAAUGGCCAAUGUGUUGACAUAAAAGUGAAACAGGAAAGAAGGCUGCAAAUCACCAUUAGAUAAUGGACUUGUGCAUAUUUAUAUAAAAGAGGAGGUCUGGGUGGUGUAGCUACUCUUGCAUUUAUGACCUUUAUUUCUCAUAUUUGUACAUUUCAAGAGUAAAUGUAUAUGAAUAUCUGCUUAGUGUUAAUGUGCAUUAUUCUCUGUAUUGAAACAAUUGUAUAAUAAAACUGCUUUAAGAAGAUAUGCCACAGGAGUUACUGCUUAGUGUUCUAGAAGCACAAUAGUCCUCAUGUGUACAUAUUAUGCGGUCUGUGUGUAAAUAAACUUAUUUACUGUACAUUUGUGCUUUCAUUCUCAUGUGUAACAUGUUAUGUAUGUUUAAAGUUAUGUCAUUUUGGUUCCAGUAAUUUCUAAACAUAGUCCAGUAAACACUUCUUACUAUGUUUUGAAUGUUUUUACAGUUUAUCAUUAAUUUUAAGGAAGCCAGGUGUGUUUCUCAUUUGUUAAGGCACUUUCACAUAGCUAAACUAGAUUGCAUUGGCCUCAAAACACAGUGUCAGAUUUGGAAUAUUCAUGCCUAAUUCUUUCAGUAAAACUAAAGUCUCUUCAGUUACAAUGUAACCUUAUCUUGGUGUUGCUUCUCACAGAAAGAAAUCUGAUAUCUAAAAGUUAAGGUAAAUUAUGGAGGUGACGGACGUUCAGGGAAACAAGAUUGUGAAUGGGGAAUUAUAUGAACAACUCUCAUUAUCCAUCACAGGAGUUGCAUGCAUAGCUCCCUUCAUACUGUAACCAGUACUUUAUCCCCACCAGUCCUAAUAACGAUUACUUCAAAAUCUUAGCCUUACUGGUUAGCAAAAGAGGCCUUUACCAUGGGGAUUAGAAAAGAAAUUGCCACCAAACAUUAUAAAUUAGAUAAUUUGUAGGUGAAGGGGAUUCAUUUCCUGGCAUUGGCACUCAGUUCAGGAAUUUGUAGCAAGUUUCAACCUUGCAAUGCAUCUGGGUCUGUUUAUUUAUUGCAUUUCCCCAUUUAGGGAAGGAGAAAUCUCAAAGGGUAUAUUUCCGUAGUCUUGCAUUAUUGGGCCAGCAUUCCAAGUGAAGGCUUUUGAAGGUCUGACUUGGAAAAGCCUGCACUACAAUUGCUGCCUGCCUUCACUCGUGGAUGUUACUCUGGCUCCAGAACUAAGAUUGUAUGUGCAUCAUGACCUUAAGAACUAGAGAAAAUAUAAAGCAAAGAAAAAAGGCUUUGCCACCUAUCUCUUUAGAAAAUAAAACUUAGUGUUAGUUUUAGGUUUACUGGUUCUACUCUUCACAAAUAAACUAUGAAAGAAAAAUAUAAACAAACACAGACAUCGUAUCCAUGCUUAGCUAUCUAGGAGUAUUUUUACUACAAGAAAUACACAGUAUUAAGCCAUAUAUGAAUGUUGUAUGAAACUUCUUAUGGAUUUUCACUUAAUCCUGAAGUUCUCAACUCUUUUCAUUCUAAAGUAUGUUCCUAUUUAGCUUGAACAAGUUACAUAUAGUACCUUAUUGUUGAGACUAAUAAAAUUUUUCUAUUCUUGGGAUGUCGUUUUGCGAUUAAAUAGCUGACUUAAAAAAAUGUAGCUGCCUAUUUUGAUUGUUGGUUAUCAGGUUUGGUUAUAGAUGCAGUGAACACAUGAGCACAAUUCCACUGGCAGAGAGUACAAAUAUUUUAUUAGCCAUGUCAUGAAAUUUAUUGUACAAAAUACAAUAAAACUUUAUAGUCAA